AUGAAUUGCACUUUUCAUAUCAAAAGUCCAAUAUCUUUGAUAUGUAGAGCUCCUCAUACGUGUGAAUGUUAUAGAAAACUUUGCGCUGAAUGUCAAGAUGUGCAUGGUGUGGAUCUAAAAUAUAUAGUAUCUGUUAGUAAAUUUCAAGAAAUGGUUAACAAAAAAUUAACAGAAGAAAAGCUUAAUGAGACUACAGAAUUAACCAAAUAGAGAAUGGCCUUCAAAUCAUUGCUCUCUCAAAUUGAAUAAAUGAUGAAGAAAAUUUAUGAUGAGUUGUAACACUCAAUCAAAAAUGUAUACGAUUGGAUUGAAAAGGAAAACUAAUCAUUGUUUAAUCUCAUCAACGAAAAUACAAAUUUAGCUGAAGCCUCCUACACAGACUUAUAAAAAUUAGUAAGCAUUGUAGAAGAAAGAACCCUUUCCGAUUGGAAUGCUGUGAAGAACUCUUAUAUGAUGGUAUUAGAAAACACCAUGAGUAGGUGGAACCUAGAAAUAAUGGCUUUUAUUGAAAAAUUUAACCUAGAAAUCAGAUAGAUUCAAUCAUUAAUUAAGUAAGUAUUUAAAUCAUAUCCCUUAGCAUUCAACCUAAUUAAAAAGAAGAAGAUGAAGAAGUUUAUAAAAUGAAAGAAAAUCUAUAUGAAAUUUUUUCUCACAUCCAGGAUAUUGAUGAAUCUUUGUAUUUGAAAAUACUUGAAAUACUUAAAAGAGAGUAAGUUACAGACAUUCUUGGAUUUCUUUCAAAGAAAAACAAUAAAUAAGUUUAUGAAUUUCUAAUCAACAAGCAAGAGAAUAAGAUGAGUGAUGUAGGAAAGAAAAUAAAGAAAAUCAUGAAUGUCUUGAAAAAUAUUUAAGAUCAUAGAUUUAAUAAAGAUGACUAUUCUUCAGAGACUUAUGAAAAGGCAAGAUAAGAUUUAAUAAAGAGGAUAAAGGAUAAUAAAGAGGUCUUAGAUUUUAUCAAAUUUUUAGUUCUCCUAACAAGCAUAGAUUUAUAAUUUAUUUAAAGUGGAUCUAAUGGAUUAAAUUUUUUAGUAGGCACGAAGAUAGAUAUCAGAAAUCAAUCCUUUGAAAAUAUUAGGAUCAAAAAUACAUCUUUAUUUGGUGGUAACUUUGUUAGAUGUAACUUAAGUGGAUCAGAGUUUGAUAAUGUAGAUAUAAGUGGGGUAAAUUUUAAUGGUGCUUAGUUGUUCAAUUGUAAAUGGAAAAACAUUAAAAUUCAUGAAUUGAAUAAAUUUGAUGGUCAUCGUGGGAGUGUGAGAUCAGUGUGUAUUUCACCUAAUGGAAAUACAUUAGCUUCUGGUAGUUAUGAUAAGUCAAUCCGUCUAUGGGAUGUCAAAACAGGAAAAUAAAAUACCAAAUUAGAUGUUCAUACUGAUUGGGUCAACUCAGUCUUUUUCUCUCCUGAUGGAAAUACAUUAGCUUCUGGUAGUUAUGAUAAGUCAAUCCGUCUAUGGGAUGUCAAUACAGGAAAAUAAAAAGCCAAUUUGGAUGGUCAUACAGGUGGUAUAUUAUCAGUCUGUUUCUCUCUUGAUGGAAACACUUUAGCUUCUGGUAGUAGUGAUAACUCUAUUCGUCUAUGGAAUGUCAAAACAGAAUAAUAAAAAGCCAAAUUGGAUGGUCAUACAGGUGGUAUAUUAUCAGUCUGUUUCUCUCUUGAUGGAAACACUUUAGCUUCUGGUAGUAGUGAUAACUCUAUUCGUCUAUGGAAUGUCAAAACAGAAUAAUAAAAAGCCAAAUUGGAUGGUCAUACAGGUGGUAUAUUAUCAGUCUGUUUCUCUCUUGAUGGAAACACUUUAGCUUCUGGUAGUAGUGAUAACUCUAUUCGUCUAUGGAAUGUCAAAACAGAAUAAUAAAAAGCCAAAUUGGAUGGUCAUACAGGUGGUAUAUUAUCAGUCUGUUUCUCUCUUGAUGGAAACACUUUAGCUUCUGGUAGUAGUGAUAACUCUAUUCGUCUAUGGAAUGUCAAAACAGAAUAAUAAAAAGCCAAAUUGGAUGGUCAUACAGGUGGUAUAUUAUCAGUCUGUUUCUCUCUUGAUGGAAACACUUUAGCUUCUGGUAGUAGUGAUAACUCUAUUCGUCUAUGGAAUGUCAAAACAGAAUAAUAAAAAGCCAAAUUGGAUGGUCAUACAGGUGGUAUAUUAUCAGUCUGUUUCUCUCUUGAUGGAAACACUUUAGCUUCUGGUAGUAGUGAUAACUCUAUUCGUCUAUGGAAUGUCAAAACAGAAUAAUAAAAAGCCAAAUUGGAUGGUCAUACAGGUGGUAUAUUAUCAGUCUGUUUCUCUCUUGAUGGAAACACUUUAGCUUCUGGUAGUAGUGAUAACUCUAUUCGUCUAUGGAAUGUCAAAACAGAAUAAUAAAAAGCCAAAUUGGAUGGUCAUACAGGUGGUAUAUUAUCAGUCUGUUUCUCUCUUGAUGGAAACACUUUAGCUUCUGGUAGUAGUGAUAACUCUAUUCGUCUAUGGAAUGUCAAAACAGAAUAAUAAAAAGCCAAAUUGGAUGGUCAUACAGGUGGUAUAUUAUCAGUCUGUUUCUCUCUUGAUGGAAACACUUUAGCUUCUGGUAGUAGUGAUAACUCUAUUCGUCUAUGGAAUGUCAAAACAGAAUAAUAAAAAGCCAAAUUGGAUGGUCAUACAGGUGGUAUAUUAUCAGUCUGUUUCUCUCUUGAUGGAAACACUUUAGCUUCUGGUAGUAGUGAUAACUCUAUUCGUCUAUGGAAUGUCAAAACAGAAUAAUAAAAAGCCAAAUUGGAUGGUCAUACAGGUGGUAUAUUAUCAGUCUGUUUCUCUCUUGAUGGAAACACUUUAGCUUCUGGUAGUAGUGAUAACUCUAUUCGUCUAUGGAAUGUCAAAACAGAAUAAUAAAAAGCCAAAUUGGAUGGUCAUACAGGUGGUAUAUUAUCAGUCUGUUUCUCUCUUGAUGGAAACACUUUAGCUUCUGGUAGUAGUGAUAACUCUAUUCGUCUAUGGAAUGUCAAAACAGAAUAAUAAAAAGCCAAAUUGGAUGGUCAUACAGGUGGUAUAUUAUCAGUCUGUUUCUCUCUUGAUGGAAACACUUUAGCUUCUGGUAGUAGUGAUAACUCUAUUCGUCUAUGGAAUGUCAAAACAGAAUAAUAAAAAGCCAAAUUGGAUGGUCAUACAGGUGGUAUAUUAUCAGUCUGUUUCUCUCUUGAUGGAAACACUUUAGCUUCUGGUAGUAGUGAUAACUCUAUUCGUCUAUGGAAUGUCAAAACAGAAUAAUAAAAAGCCAAAUUGGAUGGUCAUACAGGUGGUAUAUUAUCAGUCUGUUUCUCUCUUGAUGGAAACACUUUAGCUUCUGGUAGUAGUGAUAACUCUAUUCGUCUAUGGAAUGUCAAAACAGAAUAAUAAAAAGCCAAAUUGGAUGGUCAUACAGGUGGUAUAUUAUCAGUCUGUUUCUCUCUUGAUGGAAACACUUUAGCUUCUGGUAGUAGUGAUAACUCUAUUCGUCUAUGGAAUGUCAAAACAGAAUAAUAAAAAGCCAAAUUGGAUGGUCAUACAGGUGGUAUAUUAUCAGUCUGUUUCUCUCUUGAUGGAAACACUUUAGCUUCUGGUAGUAGUGAUAACUCUAUUCGUCUAUGGAAUGUCAAAACAGAAUAAUAAAAAGCCAAAUUGGAUGGUCAUACAGGUGGUAUAUUAUCAGUCUGUUUCUCUCUUGAUGGAAACACUUUAGCUUCUGGUAGUAGUGAUAACUCUAUUCGUCUAUGGAAUGUCAAAACAGAAUAAUAAAAAGCCAAAUUGGAUGGUCAUACAGGUGGUAUAUUAUCAGUCUGUUUCUCUCUUGAUGGAAACACUUUAGCUUCUGGUAGUAGUGAUAACUCUAUUCGUCUAUGGAAUGUCAAAACAGAAUAAUAAAAAGCCAAAUUGGAUGGUCAUACAGGUGGUAUAUUAUCAGUCUGUUUCUCUCUUGAUGGAAACACUUUAGCUUCUGGUAGUAGUGAUAACUCUAUUCGUCUAUGGAAUGUCAAAACAGAAUAANCUGAUGGAAAUACAUUAGCUUCUGGUAGUGAUGAUAGCUCUAUGCGUUUAUGGGAUGUCAAAGCAAGAAAAUAAUAAAAAAAAAUGGAUGGCCAUGAGCAUUGGGUAAUGUCAGUCUGUUUCUCUCCUGAUGGAAAUAUAUUAGCUUCUGGUAGUUAUGAUAACUCUAUCCGUCUAUGGGAUGUCAAAACACGAUAAUAAAAAGCCAAACUGGAUGGUCAUGAUGAUUGUAUCAACUCAGUCUUUUUCUCUCCUGAUGGAGAUACAUUAGCUUCUGGUAGUUAUGAUUAGUCUAUCCGUCUAUGGGAUGUCAAAACAGGAUAAUAAAAAGCCAAAUUGAAUGGUCAUAGUGAUAGAGUUUGGUCAAUCUGUUUCUCCCCUGAUGGAAAUACAUUAGCUUCUGCAAGUGAUGAUAAGUCUAUCCGUCUAUGGGAUGUCAAAAUAGGAUAACAAAAAGCCAAAUUGGAUGGUCAUGAUGAUUGUAUCAACUCAGUCUGCUUUUCUCCUGAUGGAAAUACAUUAGCUACUGGUAGUGAUGAUAAAUCUAUCCGUCUUUGGGAUGUAAAAACACGAUAAUAAAAAGCCAAAUUAGAUGGUCAUACUCAUUAUGUUAUGGCAGUCUUUUUCUCUCCAGAUGGAAAUACAUUAGCUUCAGGUAGUAGUGAUAACUCUAUCCGUCUAUGGGAUGUGAAAACAAGAUAAUAAUAAGUUAAUUUAGAUGGUCAAACUAAUUGGGUUAGCUCAGUCUGUUUUUCUCCUGAUCGAAAUACUUUUGCUUCUGGUAGUUAUGAUAACUCUAUUCGUCUAUGGGAUGUCAAAACUGGAUAAUAAAAAGUAAAAUUAGAUAGUUUUAGUGGAACUGUCAGCUCAGUCUGUUUCUCACCUGAUGGAAAUACAUUAGCAUUAAGUAGUUUGGAUAAAACUCUCCGACUUUGGAAUGUCAAUAAUGGAAAAGAAAUUAAAGCCACAGAUAAAACUUACAAAGAUAUUUAUGUAUAGUUCAAACUACCACUAUUUCCAGGCAAUUUUCUACAAGGUUGUAUUUUUAAUUAUUACUUAGUCUCUAAUUAUUCAAUUUUUGUUAUAUCCCAAGAAAUAAUAUUAGAAGCAUAAGGAACAUAAAUCUUGUAAGGAGAAUUUAUUAAUCAUUAAGGGAAAGAUUUAAAACCUUUAUUCAAAUCAAAAGGAAGUUUCUUUUUCGAAGACUUAAAGCAAAAGUUAAUUUGAUUAUUAUCAACAACAAUCAAAACUCCAAUCAAUUUUAUAUUUUUAUUUAAUGUUCUCUUUAUCAGUUCAUUUCUUCAUCUUUGCAUCUUAAGCUUUGGUAAGUUCUAUUUUUACAUAGUUUUAUUCCGUUUUAGGUAAAAAAUAAGUCAUUUAUUUAGAGCAGAACGAAAAGGCUAAAAUAAAUGUUAAAAUGAUCACUUAAAGAAAGGAAUUUUACAAAACCUUAUUCUUUUUUAAUUGCAAUUAGUAGGCAGUACAAUUCUAAGACUUCUGA